AUGUGUUUAGGUUGGUUGUCGUCUGCAGUAAACAACUUGCGGCGGUAAAUUUUUGUAUCUUAAAAAUAGAUUAGUGGCGCUGUUGCAAAGUUAGUUCGCUGUUUGUGUUAUCCAGCUCUCAGCGUGAUAUACCAAAAAUAAAGAAAAUCAGAUGUCCUUGCUGUGACAAAGCCAGUUUUAAUGGAUGUCAUGUGAGACUGGAUUGAGACAUGGAAUUUCUUCUUUUCUGAAUGUGACAAACUUUUAAGUGAUUGUGACUAUAUAUUUAAAAAAGUCCUUGAGGUGCCAAGGUAUCUACCAUAAUGUCUGAGAAAGAAAAGCAACGACUUCCACAGAGCAGCAAGAAUGAAUCAUCAGGGUCAGCGACAGGAAAUCCACGCAACAAAGUGGCAUUGCGGCCUGGUCAUUCCCUGAUGGACUGGAUACGUCUUGGGCAGUCGGGAACCGACCUCACUGGUGUAGGCGGUGUAACACAGGAUGUAACUGUUGCUCAAUUGGCACAGCACAACACUAAAGACGAUGCCUGGAUUGCUAUUAGAGGAAUAGUUUACAAUGUGACACGUUACAUGGAUUUCCACCCUGGUGGCUCUGAACAGCUGAUGAGGGGUGUAGGUAAAGAUGCAACAGAUUUAUUUAAUCAGGUACAUGCUUGGGUGAAUUAUGAUUCUAUUCUCAAAAAGUGUGUUGUGGGGCGCCUGAAGCGAGGAGACAGCAGAAACGAAGACCUUCGUAUGCAUCUGUUUGGAAGUAAUAAAAAGAAACCACCAGUUCCUGGUUUUCAAAAUGAUUUGGUGAAUGGAAAAAUCCCACAGGCAGAAGUGAAGAAAGGUGUUCAGAGACCACGCAUGGACUGGUAUCAGAAGCUUUCAUCGCUUAGUUUAAUUUUCUAUACUAAAGUACUGUUCCCAUAUGUAAAGGUGUGUCUUAGUGGUGAGAGAGAACUUAAAGUUAUUAUCAGAAUCGGUGUGGAUGUACACUUGUGGCACUACAAUCUUUUAGAGGAUGUUGUGUGGCCGUGUUCUGUUACUGCAAGUAGGGAAAAGGUAGAGAUACAGUUCCAGAAAAGGACAGAAAAAAUGUGGCCAAACUUCGGAAGACCGUGUGAUGACAACGAAAGCACAAGUACAGUACAAGGUGAAUCAGAACAUGAUAUGAUGAACAUAGAGACUGUAUUACCAGUAUCCCACAAUACCAAAUUGUUUGUGUUAUCUUUUAAGAAGAAGAUAUACAGCCUGUUUCCAUUGGGUCAUCACAUAAAACUUCAUGCAGACAUAGAAGGUUUGCAGGUUACACGCUGUUACACUCCAGUACCACCAUCAUUAAGUCUGGAAGAAAUUCCUCCACAGUGGAAAGCCGAACAUAUAUGCCUCAUGGUUAAAGAAUAUGCAAAUGGACAGCUUACUCCAUGGUUAUGCAAUCUGGCCCCUGGUAAUACCUUGGAAAUAAGUGGUCCUGAAGGCUCAUUUGACCCAUCAAGGUUAUUGACUGUGUCUCAUUUAUAUCUUCUGGCAGCAGGGACUGGAAUCACACCAAUGCUGUCUCUAGUGAAGUGGGGAGUUGAUCCAUCUAACAGUAUAUGCCAGCAAGUUAACAUGAUGUUCUUCAAUUGCAAGGAGAGAGAUAUAUUAUGGAGAGAGCAAUUGGAUACUUUACAGAAAGAAAAUAACAGGUUCACAAUCAUUAAUGUCUUGUCAGAGGCAGAAGCUGGGUGGAAUGGUCAACGAGGUCGAGUAGCUCUUGAAUUACUUCAGAAUUUCUUGCCCUUGACAGGCAAUGAUUCUGGCAGUUACUAUGUCUGUGUAUGUGGACCAACAGCUUUUACCAGAUUAACAGAACAGUUUCUGAAGGAAAUGAAUUAUGCAGAAACGAAUUAUCAUUGCUUUGUUGGAUGAAGUACUGGAUUCUCACAGGCAUGUCACACUAUCUGCAACCAAAAGUAAAACAAAGGUUUUGCACUCAAGUUGCUCUUAACAGCUAAGCAAGUGGGAACAUUUGACAAGACAGCUUUAAGUGCAGUGAACUUUUUUUUUU